CAAACGAAUAUGAUCUUCAGCGCAUUUCGUUUGAGAUCUUGUGCGUACGCCUGUCGCAUCGUCUGUAAUCGGUUUUUAAUAUUUGAUUUUAGUCUUUUUAACUUGUGUCCGGUGUUUCAAGAUUCCGGAAAGUGUGCUCGUUAACCGAAAGUGCUUUAUUUUAAGGUGGAAAUGGCACUCAAUUCGACUUAUUUAGUGAUACUCGGGAUAGUGUUUAUCACUUUUGCCGUACAAAUGGGCAUAGCUAUCAAGUGUUGGGAAUGCAGAUCAGAUUCAGAUCCAAAGUGUGCCGAUCCUUUCGACAAUAGCACUCUAUCGAUCACAGACUGCAUACAGGUGGACCCGAAGGAGCAUUUGCCUGGUGUUAGGGCUACCAUGUGCCGAAAGAUACGACAGAAAGUUCAUGGUGAAUGGCGUUACUUCCGAAGCUGUGCUUUCAUGGGAGAACCUGGAAUUGAGGGAGAUGAACGUUUCUGCCUGAUGCGAAGUGGAACUUAUAACAUUUUCAUGGAAUACUGCACCUGCAAUAGCAAGGAUGGCUGUAACAGUGCUUCCCAGUUUGCGCCACACUUUUUAGGUGUGAUGACUGUGACGAUUAUUAGUUUCGUUUUGUAUCGUUUAUUCUAGAAUCUUUCAAUCUCUUGCGUGCAUUCCAAUAGUUAAAAUUAUUACCUCUUUACUCCUAAUACUUGAACCUCAACUGGUCAUUCCAUGAUGAUGUGCCUAACCGUCGUGUAGUUAAACUUGCACGUUGCAAAGUUUGCCUUAUUUAGUGUUCAAUGACUAACGAAGCAGUGAAAUCAAAACAAAUUAAUUUUAAGACUUCUUAAUACGUCAUAUUAAAUCCGUCCGAGAGUGAACUUAGGCAUAUUUUACCUAAUUCUUAAGAAUAUCAACAAUUAAGUGAAUGUUCUUUUUUAUUAAUUGUGCAGCAAGUGUAAAUAUAUAUUGUAGUGCAUUUAUUAAAGUGCUAAAUAAAAGUAAU